AUGCGAUCGCCGGGCCACGUCAUCUCGCAUGCUAUUUGUGAAUUUUUCCGGAAGACAGGAGUCCAGGUUUACAGACACCCAGCCCCGUUCUUCUGGAUUCCGGUCCUUUUGACGGCGUUCAGCGCCUUUGGCUUGCUGAGAUGGCACGAGGAGAAUCGGAUAUGGUACCUCUACUCUCCCACAGGUGCGGCCUCGCAUUAUGAACACGCAGUCGCGAAUGAAUUUUUCGACGAUCGAGGCGGAAAAUUUUGGCUUGAGCUAGCCAUCACAGCUCACGAUAUGGGAAAUUUACUACGACGUGAAUAUCUAGACAGCAUCGACGAGUUAUCCCAAUAUUUGCAGUUCAACUUCACCGUAACCUGCCCUGCCACCAUAGAAAGCAGUGGGAACUGCUCGUUUGAUUCGUUGUGUUCUGGGUCAUGUAAUGAUAAUCAGGUGGUCCCCAUCUUCAACCUCAUCUACCGGAAUUCGAGCAGGAGAUUGCAUCCAAAUUUUCGGUUGACCUUCCCGACCAUGCACCUCUACAACGACGAGUACUACGUGGGCGAGCACUUUGCCGGAGUAAAGCUGGACCCGAAAACCAAUCUUAUAUCUGACAUCAAGGUGAUCAUGCUGUACUACAGAACGGAUCGGCAGAACCCAGCUGUGGACGAGACGUUGAAACGGUGGGAGAACGAGAUGAACACGUACACCCAGAACUUUAAACAUCCUCUACUGAAUAUAUCAUCUACUAGUGAUGGGAUUGUUUCGAAAGAGGUUCGUCGCAACGGUUUUUCCUGCGUCCCCUACUUCAACAUCUCCAUCGUCAUCGUCGUGCUGUUCAUCUUCGCGACAAAUUGGCGAGAACAUUUCACAAUCUCACACAACGCUGUCAUGGCUAUCUUGGGCAUCGCCGGGCCAUUAAUGGCGAUUGGAACAACAUUCGGACUCCUCCUGCUCAUCGGGCUCCCCUUCAACUCGAUCACGCUCGUGAUGCCGUUCUUGAUCAUUGGAGUGGGAUGUGACGAUGUGUUCAUCAUCAUCCACGCCCACAGAAAAGCUAACAAGAACUCGUCACUGGAAGACCAGAUGGCUCAUACCAUGGAAGAGGCGGGCCCCUCAAUUACCGUAACCUCCGCUACCAACGUCCUUUCGUUUGCCAUCGGAAUCCUGACGCCAACCCCGGCAAUCUCCCUCUUUUGCCUCUACACCUGCGUGGCUGUUUUUAUCGAUUUUAUCUAUCAGCUAACCUUCUUCGUGGCGGCCAUGGUUUACGAAGAAAAGCGGCAAGCCGCCCAGAAAGUACGCCAAAGCCAGAAGCAGCAAAAAUACGAGGUGGCCGCGAUACAAAGCGCAAGCGAGGAGCAGAGCGUAGCCGAGCGGACGGUCGAGAUGAAGAAGCACCAUAACGGCAUCGUCAGCAAGUAUUGCCGUGUACUCAAUUGGUGGCAGACUCGAUUGGCCUUGUUACUGGUGUUGUUCUGCUACUGGUAUGUCUCGUAUAAGGGAUGCGCUUCGAUGGAGAUAAAGAUGGACACCGCCAACCUGGUCCCCAAAGACUCGCGCCUCAUCGGCAUCAAGUACAUCUACGAGCAGUUUGUGUGGCGCGAGGGUCAGCUGAUCCUGGUGUUCGUCAACGCUCCGCCGGACGUCACCACCGAGGACGGGCAGCGCGACAUGUUCUCGUUGGUCGACCGCUUCGAGCGGUUGCCAUUUGCCAUGGGGCGGAACUCGACGAGUUUCUGGCUGCGAAGCUUCUUGUCGCAGAGCACCCUCUACGUCAACAGCAACCAAACGUUCUACAACCUGCUCAACAGCUGGAUGCAGGACCCGGAGAAUGGAGGAUCGCGCUGGAACGACAUGGUGCGUCUGCGAAGACAGGGACAAGACGUCGUCGGUGUCCAGAAGUUCAUGUUCGCCACCGGGUACAGCCUGGGCGAGCUGGCCGGCUGGGGAGCACGCUCCCAAAUCCAGGCCGUCUGGCGGAACGUCGUGAAGGAGUACGCCGCGUACAACGUCACCAUAUUCCAGCCCUAUUCAUUCUACGUCGACCAGCUCGAUUCGAUCGCCGGAAACACGGCUUCGACGGUGAUUGUGGCCGCGUUGACGAUGGACCUGGCUUGCUUGAUGAUGAUUCCGUCGAUGAGCAGCAUCUUGUCGAGCACCGUCGCCAUGAUAUCCAUCAACAUCGGCGUGUUCGGCCUGCUGUCGAUGUGGGGCGUCAACCUGGACCCGAUCUCGAUGUGCACCACCUUAAUGUCGAUCGGGUUCUCCGUCGAUUUCACAGCCCACAUCAGCUACCACUACUAUCGUAACCCGAUCUCCUGGACUACCGACGAGCGGCUUGCGGAUGCGUUGCGGAAUAUCGGAUGGCCAAUGCUGCAAGCCGGUUUUUCGACGAUUCUCAGCGUUUCCCCGCUGCUGAUCGUCGAUUCUUACAUGAUUCUCGUCUUCUGGAAGACGAUCUUCCUGGUGACAGCUCUCGGGCUGGCACACGGCAUCAUUUUCCUCCCGGCCUUGCUGCUUACGGUGGGUCGUGCUCAACAGCAGCCGAGCAAGAAGAUCUCAGAGGCCGGAGCCAGCGAUAAAACAAUUUCCGAUCACAAAGCGCCGAUCGAAUUCGCGCAAAUCACGCAGGUUGAGGAGCAGCCAAAGAAAAUCGACGAAACCCCACGGUCAACGCGGAAUAGCGGA